AAGGUUAAAGAAGUAUAAACACUAGAAACAAUCCAAAAGCAACAAACAUGGGGAAAAAAUCUCAUUUCCAUUUUUGCCCUUGACAGGACCAAAAUUAGUGAUCAAUGUGCUGUACAUCCUUUAUUUUAUUUAUUUAUAUUUCUUCUCUAAAAGAAUUCAAACUUAUUAAGAAGCUGCACUUCUCAAGCUCUUCUUGUGAAGUUUUCCAUUCAAUUUUAUUGUUUUUUUGGGGAGAAAAUGGCUUCUUCAAUAGCUCAUUUUCUUGUACUUAGUGCAAUAAUUGUUGUACUUUUUUCAUCAACACAAGCUGAAGUACAAGGUUCAUUUGAUGACAAUUUUAGUAAAAGUUGUCCAGAAACUCAUUUCAAGACUUCUGAAGAUGGACAGAUCUGGUAUUUAUCAUUGGACAAAAAAGCAGGAUGUGGAUUUAUGACCAAACAGAAAUAUAGAUUUGGGUGGUUCAGCAUGAAGUUGAAAUUGGUGGGAGGUGACUCUGCUGGUGUUGUGACAGCGUACUAUAUGUGCACAGAAGAUGGAGCAGGACCAACAAGAGAUGAAUUAGAUUUUGAGUUCUUGGGAAAUAGGACAGGUGAACCUUAUCUUAUUCAAACAAAUGUGUACAAGAAUGGAACUGGUAAUCGUGAGAUGAGACAUGUUUUAUGGUUUGACCCCACUGAGGAUUUUCACACCUACUCAAUUCUUUGGAAUACUCACCAAAUUGUGUUUUUCGUGGAUAGGGUACCAAUAAGAGUGUACAAAAACGCGAAUUACACAAACAAUUUCUUCCCAAAUGAGAAGCCAAUGUACUUGUUUUCAAGUAUAUGGAAUGCAGAUGAUUGGGCUACAAGAGGUGGUUUAGAGAAAACAAAUUGGAAAAAUCAACCAUUUGUAUCAUCAUACCAAGAUUUUAAUGUUGAUGGCUGUCAAUGGAAAGAUCCAUAUCCAUCUUGUGUUUCAACAACAACACAAAAUUGGUGGGAUCAAUAUGAUUCUUGGCAUUUAUCAAGUGAUCAAAAAUUGGAUUAUGCUUGGGUACAAAGAAAUCUUGUCAUUUAUGAUUAUUGUCAAGAUACUGAAAGAUUUCCAAAAAAGCCUGAGGAGUGUUGGUUAAAUCCAUGGGAAUAAUAAAAUAUUUCAACUUAGGUUAUAAAAAAAAUAAAUUAUGAGAGGAAUUAAGGAGUAUUUUG